AUGGCGUGGUACUCGAUUCUCCCGCCUCAACUCAUCCAGUUCGAGAGUUGGGCGGUGCGCAUCUUCUUCCUGCUCGGCCUCAUCACCAUCGUCCCCUGGGCAGCGCUCAUCGUCUUUGAUGCCGGUCUUUACCUCUACCGAAUGGCGCUCUUCGAGCUGCCGUGGAUUGGCGGACGCGCGCGCGGCCAUCAACACCCUCGUGUACCCGGUUUGAACGAACGAGCGAACGGCCAACGGCGGGCCUUCGGAUUGCGCGGGGUAGAGUCACAUACCGACGAUGGAGCACAGAUCAGUUCAAGCGGUAUAGCUGAAGACCCACGAGCAGGAAGCGAAGCCCGAUCGGAAAAAGAGAACAUCGCUCCUACCACCGAAAGUCGCGCAUAUGCUGGAAACGAUCGGAGCCUAAAACGCCGGGUGUCCGGGCGAACGUGA